GUAUCUAGUACUUUAUGCUUAAACCUCGUGUCUGUGGCCACAGGGCGUAUCGUAUUGGAUGCGUAUGAGCCCACAAUGCUUGGGGUCUUCAGGCGCCAACUGGCAAGCCCAACAAUGGAUGGACAAAUUCGAGCAGACUGGUGACCUCAUUGGGCGAAUCGAUGGCUAUUCGUUGUUAACCGACAUGCCAUACCUCACGAGGGCAGAAACAAUCGAUUGGACAUGGACGGCGAAAAAAAGACAUUGGCGGUGUUGGUGUAUCAGCAAAACGGUAGCACGGAGUGGCGGCAUCUGUUUGCGAUCAAUCCAUUGAUCCAAAUUACAAAGUACAGCUCUCUUGGAAACGCCGAGCGGGAUAUUUGUGCAAGGUGAGCUCCUAGCUCUGAUCCUCACCUGGAAGUACCUGUCCGGUGUCCACGUAAUCACCG